AUGGCAAUCCAAACAACUGUCCCGGCCCCAAAUGCCACCGUCUUGCCGGAGACGGAAACCUCAAAGACGGUGGUGUUUGAGCCUUACCAUGUGGACUUGCUCCCUGAGUACUGCUACACUAGCGAGGAGUUCCUGAUCUCCGGAAUCGCUCACGGGGAGUCAUACUGCACUCGCAUUCUUCUCCGUCGUCCUGUGGAUUCUGGCAAGUUUUCCGGGUUGGUUGUUGAAGAGCCAUCGCAUCUAUGGGGCGGAACCAGUAUCUGGCGCCAUAUCAACCGCUGGCUCAUGUGCAAUGGUCAUGCCUGGCUGGAAGUUGACUCUCAGGCCCCCUCGGCAGUUGGCAAGAUCAAGAAUGUUGACCCGGAACGAUAUUCACGAAUGCAUUUCAUCCCGGGUCCCCUCGCAGAUGAAUUUGCCGAGACAAUCCCCUUUGUAACAGAAGCAUCCAAAGAGGCCUUGUCUGAUGAUUACGACAACUUCAAAGCCACAUGGUGGCCUGCCACCUUGCAGUCCCCGGAGAUCCUGGCAGCCGCUUCAUACGCUUUGAGAUCAGGACAGCUGGGCAUUCACGCGCGCUGGGUUGUCCUUAGCGGCCUGUCCCAAACGGGUGGAGUGACGAGACGCUUCAUCACUCACUCCUCGCACUUGCGGCUGCCCGAUGGUUCUCUUCCUUUCGAAGGAUACCUUCCGUGUCAAUCCGGCGGCGAGGCGCUUCCUGAUGGUGCAUUCGCUAAGAUCAUCGAGCUGCUGGGGGAAUCGGAGUUUCCGUCUGUCCGACAUCCCUGUGGUGUCAGUGGGCAGAUGAAGGGGACAGCCCAUCGCCGUCCCGAUAGUGAUUAUUUUCGGGUGUACGAGGUUGCUGGAAUGGCCCAUCGCGAGUCCCGAUACGCUUCAGAGAUUGACCUCAAGCGCUGGUCUGUCGCCGAUCUCCGAGGGGCUAAGUGGAGUACAUUUUCGAACUCCUUCAUCUACCAUGCUGUCUUCGAGUUGAUGUUCAAGUGGAUUUCCGAAGAUAGAGUGCCACCGGCGAGUGCUCUGAUCGAAACAAUUGGGAGCACAGAUGAGAUUGUACGGGAUGAGCAUGGAAAUGCUAAGAACGGCGUGAGAACCAUUCACACUGAUGUGCCUCUGGCACGCUUUGUUGCUGCUACCCCCAAGGGCAGGCCGAAUUGGUACUGGGGGUCUGAGUGGCCGUUCUCGGAGGAUGAGCUUCGCGUGCUCUAUGGAUCUUCUGCUAGCCACCGACUUCAAGCCGGUAUUGCUCUUGCUAAGCAGAUCAGGUCGGGAUUCCUGCUCUCAGCAGAUGCGGAAAUUCUUCGCCGGGAGACUGUGGAAAAAGUGCACUUUUGUUAG